AUGGACGAGUUCUACGCUGACGCCAUCUUUGCCGCCAAACACACCCAGGACCGUGACCAUCUCGAGAUGCUGCUUACGGAACAACGCGAGAACCGGUGGAAAGAACUGAAGAAUUCCACAAUCGACGUCGCCUAUGCGUCUUGCACCCAGAAGCAACAUUUCCCCUCGACAGCCGUCAAGGAUGCCGCCCUCGACGUCGGCCAGACCGGCAGCCUGAGCAGCUUCUUGCACUUCAUCUUUUGUGCCAUGGCCAGUUGGAAUAACGAGCGGAAUGCAAGCGACAAGAGAAACGACCAAAACCAGCCCAAUCUUCGAAAGGAGUGUCCUACCGACGGUGUCGACGACGACAGGCAUGGCCCUGGCCAACUUGACGGCGAAGACUACGGGGCCGACUCCUAA